AUAGAAUUACUUACUGGUGCCAAACAGAUCCCAAGAGUUAAAGUGGGGAAUUUAAGUCUGGUAUGCUGUUGAGGUUGACCAUCUGAGUUCCGAUCGACUUGAUACCAACUUCAUCCCGCAGUCAACUCAUCUUUGGUUCACAGACGCCUGAAUCUCUCUCUCUAGAAUGGAAAAGAAGACCGUUAAGUACUCUGUGGUGGACGCGUUCACCGACUCGCCUUUCAAAGGAAACCCAGCGGCGGUUUGUUGGUUAGAAGAAGAGAGGGACGAGGAGUGGUUGCAAUCAGUUGCAUCGGAGUUCAACAUCUCCGACACGUGUUACUUGUCUCGGCUCACUCAAUCCGAGUCUAGUAUUCAAGAAUCGUCCGAUGUAACUAUAAACCCUAAUAAGUUCCGUCUCAGAUGGUUCACUCCCGUCGCUGAGGUUAAACUUUGCGGUCAUGCAACCUUAGCAGCUUCGCACUUCCUAUUCACUUCUGGUUUAGUUAAUGCCAACCAAAUCGAGUUUUUGACACUAUCUGGAAUUUUGACUGCUAAAAGAGUUCCAGUGGCCCAAAGAUCAGAUUCAUUGACGUUUGAGAAUGGUGAAGCACACAAGUGCUUUUUCAUUGAAUUGGAUUUUCCAAUUGUACCAACUGUUGAGUUCAACUGUGCCGAAGUCUUGUUGCUUUCUAAAGCCUUGGAUGGUGCUCCUGUGAUGGAGAUAAAGAAGACUGCUGGAGAUGAUCUGUUUGUUGUGCUCUCAUCGGGAAAAGCAGUUGCAGAUUUACAGCCACAAUUUGACGAGAUACAAAAAUGUCCUGGAAGGGGAAUUAUUGUUUCAGGGCUGGCUCCACCUGGAUCUGGGUUCGACUUUAUCAGUCGAUUUUUCUGUCCAAAAUUGGGUAUCCAUGAGGAUCCUGUGUGUGGGAGUGCACAUUGUGCCUUGGCACCCUAUUGGUCCAAAAAGCUGGGGAAGUGUGAUUUUGUUGCAUAUCAAGCAUCGCCUAGAGGAGGCAUAGUAAAUCUGCAUUUAGAUGAGAAGAACGAGAGAGUGCUGCUUCGAGGAAAUGCUGUCACUGUAAUGGAAGGUUCUCUUUUGUGUUAGAUUUUGGAGUUAAUUCCAUCUUUCAUGUACGACAUGAUUGAAGAGCUUGGCCAUUGGAAAUAGUCCUUUGAUUUCUCAUUGAAACUUCGGAAAUAUAGGCUAAUUUAAUUCCUUGUACUAGAAAUCAAUUGUUAAUUGUGACUUUAAUGUACUGAAUUUGUAUUUUUUCUAUCAAUUUAAGUACUUCAUACAAGACAAUGUACUUUCGUUCUGUUACAAACCUUUAUUAUUAAUUCCGAUUAAUGGAGCUACCCCAUUUAGCUGA